CUUUUCCCCCAAACCGCUCACAUCAGAAUUUUCGAAUCCAAAAUUUCCCUUUCUUGGGCAAGCCUCGUGACAAGUUUCGACUUACAGACAGCAAUCAUGGCAUCAAAGAGCAAUCUGUCUUUCGAGACUCGAGCGGUGAACCACCCUAAUCCGCUGGUGAAAAGAUUGUUCGCCAUUGCAGAGCGAAAGCAGACAAACAUUGUCCUUUCUGCCGACCUCACCACGUCUAAAGAACUUCUGGGCAUUGCCGAUAGUCUGGGCCCUUAUAUUGCUGUCCUGAAGACACAUAUCGAUAUCCUUUCGGAUUUCAACCAGGACACAAUUGAUGGCCUCGUCGCAUUGUCCGAGAAACAUGACUUUCUCCUUUUCGAAGACCGAAAAUACAUCGACAUUGGCAAUACGGUUCAGAAGCAAUACAAGGGUGGCGUGCUAAAGAUUCAUUCAUGGGCUCAUAUUGUGAAUGCCAGCAUCCUUGCAGGGGAAGGCAUCAUUCAAGCACUUGACCAAACCAUUCGCGAAGCAGGCGUCCAGGAUCGUGCCAUCCUGAUCUUGGCCGAGAUGACCUCGAAAGGUUCGUUGGCAAUUGGCGAAUACACUCGAGCCUCAGUCGAGAUUGCAAGAAAGUACCCUGAUACUGUCCUGGGCUUUGUGUCGACGAGAGAGCUCUCGAAACACUCUCCAAAUGCUCCUUCAACGGAGGACUUUGUGGUGUUCACAACAGGGGUCAAUAUUUCCAGCAAAGGCGACGCACUCGGACAGCAAUACCAAACCCCUACCACGGCGAUGCAGGGCGGAUCUGACUUUCUCAUCGCAGGAAGGGGCAUAUAUGCCUCCGCUGACCCAAUUGCCAGUGUCAAAGAGUAUCAAGAUGCGGGUUGGAAGGCUUACAAGCAACGCAUCGCCACCGAUAAGCCCUGAUGUCUCCUUAGGACUGCGACUGGCAGACCGAUGACUUGCACAAUCACUCGAUACAUAAAAUUACCACUUUCGCGUAUUGGGUAUCGAACAGGUACCGCGUCCCCAUUCCAAUGACAAGGACAUAUGGAGUGGGAGUGUACUCCGUAGGGAGCUACCGCCUAAAUUCUAAAGGCCAUGAGGGCCGGGGGUGGCUGAGGCGGCCACUGACCACCAUAAUGAUGCCUACGAGCUAUGUAAAGAACACUCCCGCUGAAGGAAGGCACUGCCUGGAGGAGACCUAAUGGGGGCCGAACGGGCCUUGCAUUUUGGCCUUGUUCAAGGCCUCAAUAGUCGGCCUAUCGACUGGUCAGUAGACGUGCACAGAAGCAGAGACUCUUGAGGUACAGUAAGUAGUAGCUCGAAUACUCCG